AUGUCGAUACCACCUCCGCUCCACCAGCAACUGCGCCUGCUCAUCCGCGCAAACCACAUCCUACACCAUCAUGGCCUCGUCGACGCAUUCGGCCACAUAUCUGUGCGACACCCGCUGAACAAGGAGCAAUAUAUCAUCGCCGCGUACGACCCUGGCGCACCAGCGCUAGUCAAGAAUAUGAGCGACUUCAUAUCUUACUGGGUAAAGGACUCCACGCCUGUCGAUGCUGAUGCACCACAAGGCUACAGCGAGCGCUACAUCCACGGCGAGAUAAUGCGAAGGUUCCCUAAGGUGAACUGCGUCGUCCACUCCCAUUCGGAGGACGUCAUUCCAUUCACCGUAGGACAUGGUGCGCAAGAGCCGCAUCCCGUGCGACCGGUGUUCCAUAUGGCUGGCUUCCUCGGGCAGGGUGGCGCAUCUGUGUUUACGAUGGACAGUCUAUACGGAACGGCGCGAGCACCAUCGGAGCACGACUUGCUAAUUAAGAGCGCUAUGCUUGGUGCAGCUUUGGCUUCGCGGUUCACACCUGAGAACCCUGUAGUACUUCAGCAUAAGCACGGGUUUACAACGUUUGGAGCUAGCAUUGAAGAAGCGGUGUAUCGGUCGAUAUACACCCAGAAGAACUGCAUACUACUGCAACGGGCGAUUGGCAUCGCGGGGGGUGAUGCGGAAGCGGUGUCGUAUUUGAGUGCACAGGAGAUCAAGGAUUGUGCGAUUAUGAACAGGAAGACGCUGGAUAAGUCAUUCAGGCUGUGGUUGAGGGAAGUGCAGGUCAACCCGCUAUAUGAGAACGAAGAGGGUGAACCGGAGAAGGGGAAGGUUGCGGGAAUGAAGAUGUGA